AUGAACGCCUACUCCUUCACCGUACCCGCACGGAUCAAGGCACAGGUGGUUCCAAUGGGCGACAUCGACAAGUCUGACUUUGAGCAUUGUUUAUCCUAUCUGCGACGAGUCGCGGAAAUCAGACUUGUUGAUGUGAUGCCCUGUGCCGGCAUAUUUAACCCGCAAGCAUACCCGCAGGGAAGACUGGUGUACGACUUUACCACGCAGGACCAGGAUCCGUCCCAAUUGUUUCUGCUGGACUUUGAGCCGUUCCGCAAGGUAUUUUGUGCCAUUGGUGUUGUCAAGUGGACAGACGCCGACCAGGACGUCCAGAGUCUGCGGAACACGCUAAAGUCGAGCUAUCCGAUCAUUUUAUCACAAUAUCUGAUCAUUUUCGGCGGCCCUAAGCACCUGGCAAGCCAACCGGAGGGGAUCUUUGUGGUGGACGAGAAUAUGGACAACAUAGAAACCGUGAUUUGCGACCUCACGUCGCUGUUUCUAGGCAACCUGUCGGUCCAUGUCGCUGCAUACCAACACGUGACACUGCGGUCGCCGGCACUGAACAGCGGCAGUAACGUGAACGGGUCGUCGAAAAGACGUGUUUCCAGCUCGUUCGAUUUACAGGAUAAGAUCAAAAACCACAGAGCAAAAGGCCGAAGACAAAAACUCACCGCAAACUUCUAUCUGCUUGCUGGUAACUUGAAAAGUGCCCUGGCAGAGUUCUGCGAGAGCAUCAACAACCUGCGUUAUGCCAAUGAUUAUUUAUGGCUUGCAUCUGCUCUGGAAGGCCUUGCUCUGUGCAUGGCCAUUUUCAUCGAGCUUGACGCCGCGUUCCAGCUGCCCCCGGAGAUCCAGAACCUGCUGGAAUCAACGAAGGAAGCCUCGCCGUCGCCAAUUGCAUCUCCUCGUCCGUCCUUCCAGUCGGCGAAUUUCAACGCACUCCAGCCGAUGACCGCCGUGUACUCGGUGGAUUUCGUGCAUGGACUGAUAGUCAGGGCUAUCAACAAAUCAUUUGCAUAUUAUAAACGAAGCCUCACCCUGCCGCAGGACUAUGCUCCCCAUAUUGUUCUGUGCGAGUCCAACCUUCGAUACAUCGACUAUCUGAGCUCUACAAGCGUGAAGGAUAGCAGCGAGUUGAUCUGCAGCAUUGCCAGUGAGAUCUUCGACGACAAGUUUGAACGAUUCUCGCCAAUUGAGCAGCUUCAGAUCUACAACUCGAUGAUCCACGUGUACGGCGAGCUCAACAUGAACAGAAAACGUGCUUUCCUGGUCACAAAACUUCUGGACCUCGUUCUCACGCACAAGAUGGUGAAAUUCGGAACAUAUGAUGGAGAUUUGAACGAAUUGUUCGACUCUGUGGCCCAGGUUUAUGGAAUUGGCAAACAGUCCGUUCCCAAUCUGAUCCAAAAGAAAGUGUUACUAUCCAUCUUCAAUUUCUCUCAUCAUAUCGGAAACAUGGUCCAGGCAACCAAGUACGGCUCGAUUCUGCUCAGAGACUUCCAUUCAAUGAUGACAGAGCCGGAACAAACCCACAUUUUUGGUAUUUUGUGCCAAGCAAAAGAAAGCUACGAGUUUUGGGACAUUUAUCUUGUUCAGAACAUCGAUCUUCACCAAAAAGACAAAUUGAUUCAGGACGAGCUAUGCGAAGCGGUUAUUACUUUGCGGAACGUGCAUUCGUUCGAAAUUGAAGUUAAAAGCAUUCAAAUUGCAACAGACAACUUCCCGGUUAAAACACAGUUAAACUAUAAAACCAGAGGAACAAGCGCAUCAAAUACAUCGAUCAUUCUCAAACCGCGCAGUCAUACCUCUGUUUCCGUUUUUAUCGUGCCUUUGAACCAUGGAGAUUUGAAAAUCACCGGGGUUUCUGCGGUGAUUGGUAAUUGCAACCAACAGACGUUCAAAUGGUACGAGAAAAUACCUGCAACAAACAAAAAUCAGCUGGCUCAGUACAAAACCAGGGAUCUGACUGUUCCAGUUCUCUACGAGCAGCCACUUCUCAGCCUCAUAGACGUGAAACUGCCUAACAGAUGGAUUAUGCUACUGGAAGGAGAGUGCAAGCGAUUCGAGAUUGUUUUAAAGAAUGCUUCCAAUGUUGAGCUCAACCAGCUCACCACCAAGUUCUUGGACUCCACCAUUGAGCCGCUGAACCAGCUUUUGUUAAACAAAGGUCUGCCUCCAAACGAAGUGUACGAGAUCGAGUACUAUCUCAUCAAGAAAAAGCCGUUCAAGAUUCUCAACAAGGCCGAUCUGGUCCAAAUCGAAGCACACAGCGAGUUUAAACUUCAGAUGGAGAUUUGGGGUAAGCGUGGAGUCAAGGAAGCGCAACUGAUCUUUGAGUACUCGCAUAGAAAGCCUGCCCUUCCAACCACGUUUUUCCGCAAGCUGGUCAUCCCGGUUAAUGUGACGGUUUAUCCUAGUAUCGAGCUUGUUGGAUGCGACAUUAUCCCGCUUUCUUCGAGCACCAAAAUUUCUGAAAACAACCAGGGCGAUACCUGGAAGUAUUUGGAGAAGAUGGUGGCCAAGGGUCAUCAGAUGUCGGAGUUUUGUCUGCUGGCAUUGGACCUGAUGAACUCCUGGACCGAGGAAAUGGAGGUUGUUUUCCAGUGUUUGAUUGAAGGGUCUGAUGACCAAGAGUUCCAGCAAUCGAACGAUGCUAUUGAAGAUCCGCCUGAAGAUACAUAUUGCACCAAGAUUGCGCUUUCGAACAAGAAGAACGCGCGGAUUCUGAUUCCUAUCAAACGGAUCAACUUCAGCUUUGAGUAUUUGGAGCAACGGAUCCCAAGUUUGCGCAACAAGCAGUUUAUCCUGGAUACCAAGACGCCAGAGCAGGAACAGAGGUUUGUGAAGCACGCUUUUUGGUACAGAAACGAGCUACUGCAACGUUUACGUGCUCGGUGGCAGAUUUCCGAGACGAACAACAAUUCGAUCUACGCCGGGCGCGCUGGAAUCAUCGAUCUGCGGAGUAUCCGGUUCUCUUCCAAGAUGGUGAGCGGACUGGAAGUUGAGAAGAUCGGAUUGGUGCUGGACAUUUUAGACACUCAAGACAAAAAGGUCGAUCCUGAGUCUCUUGAACUGAACGAGUUUUAUUCAAUUCGAUUGAAAAUCAUCAACAGAAAUCUGGACCCUAUUUCAGGAAUGCUACGUCACGUUCCGAUUUGUCGGUCGUCUUCUGCUUCCAUUGAAAAGAAGAUCCUGUACAAUGGAGUGUUGCAAUUUAGCAUUCACGAGCCGAUCCAGCCAAACGAGUCCCGCGAGCUGAUUCUCGGGGUGGUUUUCCUGGAAAAGGGAGAAUACGAAUGGGGUGCCAUUUUUGAUGAGAUGACCGGUUAUGACGGCCAAUUGAUUUCGCUUAAACACCAACAUCUCCAAAGAGAGCAUCUCAAGAUAAAAGUUGAUUAG